GCUAAUUUUUAUAUUAAUAUAAUACUUAUAACUUUUUAAUAAAAAAACUUUAUUUACUAAUAUAUAUAUAUAUAUAUAUAUUUAUUUAUCAGAUCUAAAGUCGAAAGAUGUGUAUGCUAGCUGGUGAGGUUGUAAGUUUCGUAUGUCAAAGAUUGGGACAUUUAGAUCACAACCAAUUUGUGCAAAAUAGAGCAGUGGAAGCUAUCUUUCUGGCCAUUAAGAAUGGAAUCCCAGAGAUUGCGAUUGAAAUUGCAAAAGCUAAUGAAGACAUAUCGUGGACCGGCACUGAUCCUGAAGAUUCAAGAAACAUGUUUGCAUAUGCUAUAGCACAUCGUCAAGAGGAAGUGGCAAAAUUUCUUUAUGAACAUAGGGCAGAUAAAUUUUAUGACAAAUUUUAUGACACUGAUGAAGAUGGAAACAAUAACUCACAUCUAGUGGCAAAGUUGGCUCCUCAGUUUCAACUAGAUCACAUCACUGGUGCAGCUUUACAGUUACAAAGUGAAUUACACUGGUUUAAGUCGGUGGAAGCAAUUGUUCCACGAUUCUACAACGAACAGACAAAUAAAGAUGGUGAAACUCCUUACCAAGUGUUUGUUAAAGAACACAAGAACUUGUUAAAAGAAGCUGAAGGAUGGAUGAAGAAAACUGCGGAAUCUUUAACAGUCGUAGGUGCUCUUAUUAUCACUAUCAUGUUUGCUGCGGCUUUCACUGUUCCAGGUGGGAACGACCAAAAUACAGGCUUCCCCAUAUUUUUGAACACAACGGCACCGGCAGCAUCUUUUACGGUUACACCGUUUAUGGUAUUCAUAAUAUCAGAUGCAAUUUCCCUUUUCAGUGCAGCCGGUUCAGUGUUGAUGUUUUUGAGUAUUCACACUUCACGUUACACUUAUGAAGAUUUUCUUAUAUCCUUGCCCAUGAAGUUGAUUAUUGGUCUUGACUUUCUCUUCGUCUCUAUUGUAACAAUGACAGUAGCAUUUUGUGCGACUCUUUACGUGCUACGAGGUCAACAGAAGGAAGUCAUUCCACUAAUUGUGUUUGCUGGUAUUCUUAUGUCGGGCGCUUUGAGGUUUAAUUUUCCUCUUCUUUUUGAGAAUCUUGCUUUAACUCCUAGGCCAAACAUCUUUGAUAGAAAAACUUGCUUUUCCGCUGAUUUUCCUAUCAUUCCAUCUGUGCUGCACUACUGAGCGGCCACUACAGCGACCCGAUUGAAUCUAAGAAGCAGAAACGGAUAGUCAUAGUUAAGUGUAUUUUUUGUUUUUUAGCUAUGUUUUGAUUUGGCUUGGAUUGUUGGUGCUUUCUGGUAAUGUGUUAUUGAGACUUUGAGUGGAGUAUUACUUCUAUUUUUUAUUAUAAUAAAACUUUUAAUUCAUA